AAGGCACCCGACGAACGGAACGUUCAAGAAGAAGGAAUGGAGAAGGAUGAAAAAAGAGUGCAUUUAGACACGAUAUUAAUAGAGGAGAUAGGGGAAUUUGGGUGUUUCCAGAAACGGGCAUUGGGGUCGGCCUUGCUAGUGGCUCUACUUGGCGGCUAUAGUGGGAACGAGUAUGUGUUUACUGCGGCGAGAAUAACCACCAGAUGCCUAAUCCCGGAAUGCGAAACCAGCGGUGUUUCCAACUGGUUGACAAUGGCGAUACCCCUAUAUGGCGGGUCUUUUGACAACUGUAAUAAAUUCAACUCGACAUGGCUUCAAGGGAAUGCUAGCUGCACGGUUGAUAACUUCGACAGAGAUAUUAUUGUGCCAUGUGAGGAUUACGUUUAUGAGAAUACAGAUACCGUCGUGUAUGAGUUUAACUUAGCAUGCCAAGAAUGGCGCAGGUCAAUCAUCGGCUCAGCCAGCACAUUCGGGAUGAUGUUAGCAUUGCCCCUGACUGGCUUCAUCGCCGACAGAUACGGGCGCCGAUUCGCGCUGGCCCUCAAUGCGUUUAAUCAUGCUUGGCUUGGCUUGUCCCGAUAUUGGACUCAGUCCUAUGAGAGUUUUAUCACUUUAGAAUUUCUGGAGGCUGUUUUUGGUGCGGCAGGAUUUGCUUGCGCUUAUAUCAUUGCAAUGGAGUUUGUGGGACCCAAGUACCGAGUCUUAGCAGGCGCUACAACGUCCACUUUCUACACAAUUGGCAUGAUCAUGCAAGCUCUGAUGGCCUGGGCCUUGCCUUACUGGAGACACUUGACUCUUGCACUCUACAUUCCUCAACUUAUCACAAUCACCUACUUCUUCAUCAUGCCCGAGUCAGUCCGGUGGUACUUAAGCAAAGGGCGAUAUUCUGAAGCGGAAACUCAACUAAAAAAGGCAGCACAGAUAAAUCGGAAAACCAUGUCUGAGAGAUCUCUUCAAAGUUUGAGAGAUUGCUCCGAAGAAGAGAGAAGGAAUAUGGCGUUAAAGAAGCAAAAAAAACCGUGGCUAGUGACUCUUGUCUUCCAACACAAGCCUAUACUCCUUCGUUGUAUUAUAGCACCAGUUUGGUGGAUCACCACUGUUCUAGUCUAUUAUGGUUUGUCAAUGAAUGCUGUCAAUAUGUCAGGGAAUAAAUACUUGAACUACAUAGCAGUUGGAGCAGUUGAGAUUCCUGGAUUUUGGACGGCUGUUCUCCUAUUUGAUAGGAUUGGUAGAAAACCACUAUUUAUUAGUGCUUUCUGGAUGUGCGCAGCGUGCCAGAUUGGAUUUAUUUUCAUGCCUGAUGGUUUCUAUGGCCUUUCCCUGGCAGUGUACCUGUUUGGCAAGUACACCAUCUCCAUAGUGGUGACGUCACUGUACAUCUUCACCAAUGAGCUUUUCCCGACGCAGUACCGGACCAGUCUGCUGGCGUUCUCGUCCAUGGUUGGCAGGAUUGGUUCCAUAACUGCGCCGCUAACUCCUGCUUUGGCCUCAAUGGUAUGGGAACAUCUCCCAUUCGUCCUAUUUGGAACCCUAGCAGCAAUAUCAGGGUUCUUGGUGCUACUGGCACCUGAGACCAAAGGCAUCAUACUACCUGACACUAUGCAGGAGGCUGCUGAGCUGGGCUCUAAGCGUAAACCUGUACUAUAAAGUUAAAGACCAAGCUAGCCAUAACCUUUAUUGGAACAAUACGAUACCGGAGACUUUGCACCCAGCACCUCGACCAGGUGUAGAAGGCACUAGAUGACUAGAUAAUAAAUGACAAUUACUUUUAA